AUGCUGGGAGCCGCCGAGGACGGUGGAUGGCUUUUUUGGAGAGUGAUGGCGUGUGGGAGACAGAGCAGAGACAGGAAGAGGCAAGUGAUCUUAUUCAUUCUGAGUGUUUGCGUGUGUCAGAGCGGGGCUGAAACCCUCCGCUACUCUCUGCCGGAGGAAAUGGAGAGGGAUUCCUUUGUCGCUAAUAUUGCAAAGGACCUGGGGGUUCCUCUGAGCCAGCUUGCGGCUCGCAAGGCCCGCGUUGUGUCCGAGGGGAACGAGCAGCUUUUCCGACUCGAUCAAAACACCGGUGUCCUGACAGCAAAGGAAUCGCUGGACCGAGAGGAGAUCUGUCCGCAGAGCGAUACCUGCACCCUCGUCUUUAAGAUAUUCUUUGAAAAUCCAUUGCAGCUUAUCCGAGGGGAGGUGGAAGUUCGUGACGUAAACGACAACUCGCCCGUGUUCCCGGAGAAGGAGAUGGUUUUAAAAAUUAUAGAAACAGCAUCUCCUGGGUCCCGCUUUCCCCUGGAAAGCGCCCAGGACAAGGACGUGGGCAUUAACGGUUUGCAGAACUACAGCCUCGGGCCCAAUCCUCAUUUCUCCCUCGAUAUUGGAACAGCGAAAGAUGGAGUAAAAUACCUGGAACUUGUCCUACAGCGCCAGCUCGAUCGUGAAGAGCAGGGAGAGCUGAAUUUACUUCUCACCGCCACCGACGGGGGGUCACCACCCAGGUCGGGCACUGCUCAGGUCCGGAUCGUGGUGGUGGAUGUCAAUGACAACAUCCCCGUCUUCGAUCGGGAGGUGUACGAGGUGCGCCUGGCUGAGAACAGCCCCCUGGAGCAGCUGGCGGUCAGAGUCGCUGCCGCGGAUCCCGACGAAGGGUCCAACGGGGAAGUGCGUUAUGCCUUUACCCAGACAUCGGAGCGAUCCCGGCAGCUCUUCCAGCUGAACCGCACCACCGGUGAAAUAAGAGUGGUGGGCAACCUGGAUUUUGAGGAAGCAAAAUCCCACAAGAUGGUGGUGAAAGCCACGGACGGCGCGGGGCUUUCUGCGCAUUGCAAAGUGCAGGUGGAGGUCCUGGACGUGAAUGACAACGCCCCGGAGAUAGCGCUCACAUCCCUCACGGCCUCCAUUCCCGAGGACGCCCCGCCACGCACCGUGGUGGCUCUGUUCAGCGUGCGGGACCGGGACUCCGGGGACAACGGCAGGACGGAGUGUUCCAUCGACGGGGACUUGCCGUUCAGUCUCACCCCCACUUUUGAUAAUUACUACGAACUGAGAACAAAUACGGCUCUGGACAGGGAGAGGAGGGCGGAGUAUAACAUCACCAUCACAGCCACGGACUGGGGCACGAAGCGGCUGAGCUCUCGGGAAGGCAUCUUCGUGCAGAUAUCGGAUGUGAACGACAACCCCCCGGAGUUCACCCAGGAGGUUUACACCAUGUCUGUCACGGAGAACAACAGCCCCAUGCUCCGGAUCGGCAGACUGAAGGCCACGGACGCCGACGAAGGAAAAAAUGCCCGUGUGAACUACGCGCUGGUGCGGCAGGAGGGCAAAGAGCAGCGCGAAGUGUCAGUCAACGCUGAAAGCGGGGAUGUUUAUAUCCUCCGCCCUCUGGACUACGAGAAGGUGCGCUCCUUCGAGGUGACAGUUCGCGCAGCCGACGGCGGCUCCCCGCCGCUCAGCGCCCAGGCCGUGCUGCGCGUGGUCGUGCGGGACGAGAACGACAACGCGCCCGUGCUGCUGCACCCGGCCCCCGACAGCAGCGCGGCCGGAGAGCUGGUGCCGCGCUGGGCCCCCUCCGGCUACCUGGUGGCCAAGGUGGUGGCGGUGGACGCGGACGCGGGGCAGAAUGCGUGGCUGUCCUACGAGCUGGCCAAGGCCACGGAGCCGGCGCUGUUCCGCGUGGGGCUGCACAGCGGCGAGGUGCGCACGGCGCGGGCCGUGACAGACAGGGACGCGGCCCGGCACAGGCUGAUCGUGCUGGUGCGGGACCGCGGGCAGCCGCCGCGCUCUGCCACUGCCACCCUCGCCGUGGUGCUGACGGACGGCUUCUCCGAAGCCCAUUUACGGGUGAGCGAGGAGGCACCGGCCGCCGAGCCCGACGGGCCGCUCACUCUUUACCUCAUCGCCUCCCUCGUCUGCGUGUCGGCGCUGUUCCUCGCCACCGCGGUGGCCGCCGCGGUAGCGAAGGUGCGGCGGGCCAGGCGGAGGGAGGCGGAGACUUUGCCCACCUUCCCCGCGACUACCACGGAGAGCAACGCGGGCUCCCUGCCCCGCAGCUACGUGUACGACGUCUGCUUCGCCGCCGGGACCGUCAACAGCGAGUUCCGUUUCCUCAGGCCCCUCUUCCCCUGCUUCCCCGCCGGGAUGCCCCCCGGGCCGGGCGAACAGCGGAGCUCGGUGUGCUCGCAGGACGCGGCCAACCUCGGGGGCGAAGGCGGCUGGAUAGCAGCACAGGGCAGUGCUCCCCUCUCUGAAGACGCAGGGCCCAGAGCUGCAGAUGCAGUUUCCCCUGCAAACAGGGAGCUGGAGCUAAAUGUCAGUUCUGAGCAAAACCCUUGGCUCGCCCAUCAGUAAGUGAAGAGAAAGACAAGUUUGUCUGUCCUCACAGGGAAAAGGGAACAGAGACCAAACACCUACCUAAAAGGGAGAUGAAGCCUUCUCUGUGAGAGUACUUUCCCCUUGAGCAGUACUUUAUUCAUGAAGGUGUUUUGUGACUGUGAUGUCGAUGGAGGAGGAGAACCGUGCUGCAUGUUAGUUACAUAAUAAUGUGUGAUUGUGAGAGUGCUACUGCUUCUACACUCUUCGAGAAAUACCGAAAGCUGGCAGCAGAUCUUUAACUUCCUGUUACACCGCCUUCUCGGGGGGUUUUCCUUUCGUGCUUUGCUUGUUUCUUUUGAUGGAGAGAGCUUUGUAAUAAUAUCCUAAUUUUCUGCCGUGCAUUCAACAACAGGCGAAAC